CUCUCUCUCUCUCCUCUUCAUUUCCGUUUCCGUGCAGUUUUUCCAUGCAAGCAGUUUUGCUCUGUAAUACCAGCCCCCAGACAAAGUGUGUAUUCAGUGGUAUAUAUUAUUCAGAGGUUAUAAGCUGUCUUAGUGAGUUAUAAUGGGUGAUAUCGAGUCUCCGGACAGGAGCGAGUCUCGCGCAGCUCGAGUGUUUUCUCUCUUAAUGAGUAAAGAACUCAUCGGAUCCAGAAAAGGACAACUUUUAUUGGCAGAAGUGAUUUCAUCCUUCAUCAGUUUUGUGUGUUUUUGUGCUUCGACAGCAGCAGCGUUCGUCACUGUUCCUCUACUGGCCUUCAUCUCUGCUCUGCUCAUCCUCUUCGCUCACUCCAUCAAAUUUAACCAAAGAUUUAAAGGCUUUCACUGGCCACUGAUGGAUUUUUUGCGCUGUAUCACCGCCUCCAUCGUCUUCUUUAUCAUCUCCAUCAUGGCCGUGUCCAAAUAUCCAGACGGAUCAUCUAAAGCUGCAGGAGUGUUUGGGUUCAUCGCCACCAUCGUGUUCGCCCUGGAUUUUUAUUUCAUCUUUAACGAGCUCGCUGACUUCCUGAAGGGAGGCGGCUCUAACGAAGAACCUCAGGACAAACAAGACGCUGACUCGGAUCCUGACUCGGAUUGAAGCUGUGACUGGGACCUGAAGACCCUUUUAGAGGAGACCGCUCCAGUGCCUGAAGGGAGAUCAACAUUACUAAAGAAUUACUAAACACACACACACACACACACACACACACACACACACACACACACACACACACACACACACACACACACACA